AUAACAAAUCAAUAUACAAUCAAUCAAUAAUACAAUUCUCUAUUUCUCUUUAUACAUUAAAUUUCUUCAUGGUAUCAGAGCCAUAAGAUUUAGGCCCGUAUUUUGUUUUCUCACCGGCGGGCAGUCGGCCGGCAACCUUGCCUUCGCUGCCCGCUGGCGGCACCGCACCUGCGCUGAAGGUUGCCCAAUUUAGGCGGAAAGUUUGCUCGGUAUUUGGCAUUGUAGUACCAUUAAAACUCUGCAGAACUUUCUCUCUCCUUCACUCCUAGUUUUCCUCUGCGCUACUCCACACCCCCACCCAUUUCAUAUUGCCCUUAUCCACCGCCACAGUUAACAAAUCAUCUGAUUCAAGCUACUUCUUCUUCAUAAUCUGCUUCUUUAUUGUGCACCUUGUUCCAGGUGAUAAUACUGUAGAUGGCAGCAUCAUCAGCUUGCCUAGUGGGAAGUGGUUUAUCUACCCAUAGUACUAAACCAAGUUUGGGCAAAGAGAUCUAUGGCAGGCGCCUUUUUUCUUCCUCUAGCCUUCUGUCAUUGGGUAAGUUAUUAAAAAGAAAUUAUGUAACAGCAUCUCUGGACCAAAGGCACCAUGAAGGAAGAAGAGGUUUUUUGAAGUUGUUACUCGGAAAUGCAGGACUUAGUGUACCUGCCUUACUUGGUGGUGGGAAUGCAUAUGCUGAUGACCAAGGGUUUUCUUCCUCCAGGAUGUCUUAUUCUAGGUUCUUGGAGUACUUGGACAAGGACAAAGUGAAAAAGGUAGAUUUAUUUGAGAAUGGAACCAUAGCUAUUGUUGAGGCUGUUUCUCCAGAAUUGGGGAAUCGGGUGCAACGAGUUUGGGUCCAACUCCCUGGACUCAGCCAGGAGCUCCUUCAGAAGUUCAGGGAGAAGAACAUUGACUUUGCUGCGCACAAUGCUCAAGAGGACUCAGGUUCUCUAUUGUUCAACUUAAUUGGAAAUUUGGCCUUCCCACCAAUCUUAAUUGGGGGUCUGUUCCUUCUCUCAAGGCGGUCAUCUGGAGGAAUAGGAGGUCCUGGUGGACCUGGAUUUCCUCUUGCCUUUGGUCAGUCAAAAGCCAAGUUUCAGAUGGAACCUAAUACUGGAGUGACAUUUGAUGAUGUUGCUGGUGGAGAUGAAGCAAAGCAAGAUUUCAUGGAGGUGGUGGAGUUUCUGAAGAAGCCUGAGAGGUUCACUGCAGUUGGGGCUCGUAUCCCUAAAGGAGUACUUCUUGUUAGUCCUCCACUUUACACCUCACAUGCCUUCUCUCUGUCUAAACAAUAAUUUUCCACCACCCAACUUUCUUUUUAUUUUCUUUUCUUUUCUUUUAUUUUAUCACCCACUCACUUCUUAUGAUGAAAACACAAUGGACCCAACUUCAUGCCAGCCACAUGGGCCUGUCCCUCCGCCAAUGCUCUCAUCCUUUUCCUUUUUUCAUAUAUAUAUUUAUUUCGCCAACCAAUACCACUUUUUUUAAUUCCUUAAUUUAUUUUAAUAACAUGAGUGGCCUCUCUUUUCCACCAUCUCCCUCUUUUUCUACACAAUAUUUUUGUACCACCGCCCACUCCAUGAUUUCCAUAUUAAUAUUAUUAUUAUUAUUAUUAUUAUUAUUUUUAU